CGAAAAUAUCUUUUUUAAUCAUCGUUCUAGCUCGCUAUUCAUAGCUUCAUCACAGUAAGAGAGGAAGGGUACCAAGCUGAAAGCAACGCAACCCAAUUUCAUUUAAGAAAUGCUGAUUUCUUUUACAAAAGCUCUGCCAGUAUGGAGAGCAAGCUGCUCUCCUCUAGGAAGCAAACUUUUGGGAAUACGCUGGCUGAGUUUACUGAGUGAUCUCAAUAAUCGUCCUAAUGAAAAAAACAGCAAACGCGUAGGACGCGGACCUGCAAGUGGAAAAGGUAAGACAAGUGCCCGCGGACAUAAAGGAUCCGGACAGAGACGGGGUAGAAGAAUUAAGCCUGGCUUUGAGGGUGGUCAAACCCCGAUUACAAAACUGUUUCCUAAAAUAGGGAGAAGUACUAGCGAAAUCAAACAUUAUGUCCCAUUAGGUCUUGGCCGGGUUCGCGCAUGGAUUAUGAAUGGCAGGUUAGACUCAACGAAGCCAAUUACGAUGAAAGAGCUUUUAGAUAGUCGAUGCUGUCGGGGCAUCAAGGAUGGCGUUGAAUUGGUAUCAGACAGUAAAUCUCAAGAUUUGGAUGUCCCAAUUCAUAUUGAAGUCUCCAAGGCCACCAAAGAGGCUAUAUCCUUUGUAGAAAAGGCUGGAGGUACGGUUAAAACGGUAUACUUCAAUUCUCUUGGACUUCGUGCCCAUUUGCAUCCAGAGCGAUUUCGUACCGUUCCUCGCGCGUCGCUUCCUUCAUCGAAAAAGGAUAUCUUGUACUAUACCAAUCCCGAAAACCGUGGGUACUUGUCAAAUGUCAAUUUACGGGAACACUAUUACGGCGAUCAGCGGUUUCCCUAUGAAGCUUUACCAGAUGAAAAGGCAUAAUAGUAACUGUUGGAAAGACACGCUUAUUAUGUUACAAAGCAUUUUGCUAUAUUUUCCCCGCUCUCAUCCUUUCUUUUUCGAUGUUAUCUUCCUUUAAUGAACGCAUUGUGAGUUGUUAGAUGGCUUUUAAUUAAAGAGUUUUAAAUGUGAAUUCCGAUGCACCUUGUUACAAUAAUAAAGGGUACAAUUUUGGAUUGCGUUAUGAUUUGCAUUUUGCCAUAAUAGUAGCUCUGGAAGUUGACGAUUUUUACUUUCUGUAUUCUAAAUAAUAAUCUAUCAGAACAUUACGA